CUCCAGGAAGUGCUCCAUUAUUAUAAACAUUCAGACAACUAACCUAUGCUUUCACCUUUCAGCUGUCAACAAUGCUGUCACUGAAUAAUUUACGCCUUGUUUGCAUAUCUCAGACUCUUCAGCAUUCACCGAAGUUAUUAGCAAUCAGGCAAUGCUUAUCAAAGGCUUCCUCUUGUGCAACGCUAUGCAACAAUUCUAUCACCUUCAGCAGUAAGGGCACAAGGAGGCACACAGGCUUCAGAUUACUGAACGAAAGUACAGUAAAACAUGUCAGUUCACUGCAAAGGACUUUCUGCACGGCCUCUGUGAAGCUACACUGUUGGAACUGUGGCCAGUCUCUCGAACAAACUCCGGCCUUCUUCUGUUUAUCUUGUAAUUUUGUCCAGCCUCCAGAUGAGGUGGCAUCCUACUUCCAAAUUAUGGACUGGUGAGUGAUAUGACGUUUUCAAUUUAAAUGUUUACACACAUUAGGCUACCGAUUAUUGUUAUUAUUAAUUUAGUUUGUAUUCACUAGUUUGUAUGCACUCAUCACAAACAGUGCCUUCAGAAAGGAUUCACACCCAACACAUUUACAUUUACGUCAUUUAUCAGACGCUCUUAUCCAGAGCGAUUUACAAAUUGGUGCAUUCACCUUAUAGCCAGUGGGAUAACCACUUUACAAUUAUUUUUUUUUUUAUUUUUUUGUGUUACAGCAUGAAUUUAAAAUGAAUUAAAUUGAGAUUGUGUGUCACUGGCCUACAUACAAUACCCCAUAAUGUCAAAGUGGUAUUAUGGUUUUAGAAAUCUUUACAAAAUAAUUAAAAAUCAUUGGUGUGACAACUUUUACUUUUACUUCACUAAAUUCCUAAAGAAAAUUAUGUACUUUUUACUCCAUACAUUUUCCCUGACACCCAAAAGUACUCGUUACAUUUUGAAUGCUUAGCAGGACAGGAAAAUGGUCUAAUUCACACACUUAUCAAGAAAACAUCCCUGGUCAUCUCUACUGUCUCUGAUCUGGCAGACUCACUCAACACAAAUGCUUUAUUUGCAAAUGGUGUUGGAGUGUGCCCCUGACUAUACAUAAAUGUAAAACAAAAAUUGUGCCAAUAUAAGGAAUUUGAAAAUAAUUAUACUUUUACUUUUGAUACUUAAGUAUAUUUUAGCAAUUGCAUUUACUUUUGAUCCUUAAGUAUAUUUAAAACCAAAUACUUUUAAACUUUUACUCAAGUAGUAUUUUACUGGGUCACUUUUACCUGAGUCAUUUUCUAUUAAGGUAACUUUACUUGGACAAGGUAACUUUACUUGUACUCAAGUAUGACAAUUGAGUACAUUUUCCACCCCUGUUAAAAAUGAAAAGAUGAAAUGUCUUGAGUCAAUAUGUAUUCAACCCCUUUGUUAUGGCAAGCCUAAAUAAGUUCAGGAGUAAACAUUUGCUUAACAAGUCAUAUAAUAAUUGCAUGGACUCACUCUGUGUGCAAUAAUACAGUCAUGGUCUAAAGUUUUGAGAAUGACACAAAUAAAUCAAAUCAAAUUGUAUUGGCCACAUGCGCCGUAUACAACAGUGCAAAUAGUCCGGGUAGCCAUGAUUAGCUGUUCAGGAGUCUUAUGGCUUGGGGGUAGAAGCUGUUGAGAAGUCUUUUGGACCUAGACUUGGCACUCCGGUAGUCUAUGACUAGGGUGGCUGGAGUCUUUGACAAUUUUGAGGGCCUUCCUCUCAAAACCGCCUGGUAUAGAGGUCCUGGAUGGCAGGAAGCUUGGCCCCAGUGAUGUACUGGGCCGUACGCACUACCCUCUGUAGUGCCUUGCGGUCGGAGGCCAAGCAGUUGCCAUACCAGGCGGUGAUGCAACCAGUCAGGAUGCUAAUUUUCACAAAGUCUGCUGCCUCAGUUUUGAUGAUGGCAAUUUGCAUAUACUCCAGAAAGUCAUGAAGAGUGAUCAGAUGAAUUGCAAUUAAUUACAAAGUCCCUCUUUGCCAUGAAAAUGAACUUAAUCCCAAUAAAACAUUUCCACUGCAUUUCAGCCCUGCCACAAAAGGUCCAGCUGCCAUCAUGUCAGUGAUUCUCUCGUUAACAUAGGUGAGAGUGUUGACGAGGACAAGGCUGGAGAUCACUCUGUCAUGCUGAUUGAGUUAGAAUAACAGACUGGAAGCUGUAAAAGGAGGGUGGUGCUUGAAGUCAUUGUUCUUCCUCUGUUAACCAUGGUUACCUGCAAGGAAACAUGUGCUGUCAUCAUUGCUUUGCACAAAAAGGGCUUCACAGGCAAGGAUAUCGCUGCUAGUAAGAUUGCACCUAAAUCAACCAUUUAUCGGAUCAUCAAGAACUUAAAGGAGAGAGGUUCAAUAGUUAUGAAGAAGGCGUCAGGGUGCCCAAGAAAGUCAAACAAUCGCCAGGACCGUCUCCUAAAGUUGAUUCUGCUGCGGGAUCGGGGCACCACCAGUGCAGAGCUUGCUCAGGAAUGGCAGCAGGCAGUUGUGAGUGCAUCUGCACGCACAGUGAAGCGAAUACUUUUGGAGGAUGGCCUGGUGUCAAGAAGGGCAGCAAAGAAGCCACAUCUCUCCAGGAAAAACAUCAGGGACAGACUGAUAUUCUGCAAAAGGUACCGGGAUUAGACUGCUGAGGACUGGGGUAAAGUCAUUUUCUCUGAUGAAUCCCCUUUCCGAUUGUUUGGGGCAUCCGGAAAACACCUUGUCCGGAGAAGACAAGGUGAGCGCCACCAUCAGUCCUGUGUCAUGCCAACAGUAAAGCAUCCUGAGACCAUUCAUGUGUGGGGUUGCUUCUCAGCCAAGGGAGUGGGCUCACACACAUUUUUGCCUAAGAACACAGCCAUGAAUAAAGAAUGGUACCAACACAUCCUCCGAGAGCAAGUUCUCCCAACCAUCCAAGAACAGUUUGGUGACGACCAAUGCCUUUUCCAGCAUGAUGGAGCACCUUGCCAUAAGGCAAAAGUGAUAAUAAGUGGCUCGGGGAACAAAACAUCGACAUUUUGGGUCCAUGGCCAGGAAACUCCCCAGACCUUUAAUCCCAUUGAGAACUUGUGGUCGAUCCUCAAUAGGUGGGUAGACAAACAAAAACCCACAAACUCCAACAUUGAUUAUGCAAGAAUGGGCUGCCAUCAGUCAGGAUGUGGCCCAGAAGUUAAUUGACAGCAUGCCAGGGCGGAUUGCAGAGGUCUUGAAAAAGAAGGGUCAACACUGCAAAUAUUGACUCUUUGCAUAAACGUAAUGUAAUUGUCAAUAAACGCCUUUGACACUUAUGGAAUGCUUGUAAUUAUACUUCAGUAUACCAUAGUAACAUCUGACAAAAAUAUGUCAUAACACUGAAGCAGCAAACUAUGUGAAGACCAAUACUUGUCAUUCUCAAAACCUUUGACCACGACUGUAGUAUUUAACAUGAUUUUUGAAUGACUACCUCAUCUCUGUACCCCAAACAUAUAAUUAUCUGUAAGGUCCCUCAAUUGAACAGUGAAUUUCAAACAGAUUCAUCCACAAAGACCAGGGAGGUUUUCCAAUGCCUCGCAAAGGGGACCUACAGUAUUGGUAGAUGGAUAAAAAUAAAAAGAGCAUACAUUGAAUAUCCCUUUGAGCAUGGUGAAGUUAUUAAUUACACUUUGGAUGGUGUGUCAAAACACCCAGUCACUACAAAGAUAGUGGCAUCCUUCCUAACUCAGUUGCCAGAGAGGAAGGAAACCGCUCAGGGAUUUCACAAUGAGCCCAAAGAAUUUAAUGGCUGUGAUAGGAGAAAACUGAGGAUGGAUCAACAAAACUGUAGUUACUCCACAAUACUAACCUAAUUGACAGAGUGAAAAGAAGGAAGCCUGUACAGAAUAAAAACAUCCAAAACAUGCAUCCUGUUUGCAAUAAGGCACUAAAAUAAAACUGCUAAACAUUUGGCAAAGAAAUGAACUUUAUGUCCUGAAUAGAAAGUGUUAUGUUUGGGGCAAAUCCAACACAUCACUGAGUACCACUCUUCAUAUUUUAAAUCAUGUUGAAUCAUGUUAUGGGCAUGGUGUAUGUCAUCGGCAAGGAUUAGGGAUUUUUUUUUUUUUUUUUUUUUUACAAACAGAAUAGUGCUAAACACAGGCAAAAUCCAAGAGCAAAACCUGGUUCAGUCUGUUUACCAACAGACACUGGGAGACAAAUUCACCUUUCAGCAGGACAAUAGCCUAAAGCACAAGACCAAAUAUACGUACACUGGAGUUGUGCAAAUAAUGUACAAUACAGGUGUGAAAAGCUCUUAGAGACUUACCCAGAAAGACUCAUAUCUGUAAUCGUUGCCAAAGGUGAUUCUAACAUGUAUUGACUCAGGGGUGUGAAUACUUACAGUUGAAGUCUGAAGUUUACAUACACCUUAGCCAAAUACAUUUAAACUCAGUUUUUCACAAUUCCUGACAUUUAAUCAUUGUAAAAAUUCCCUGUCUUACGUCAGUCAGGAUCACCACUUUAUUUUAAGAAUGUGAAAUGUCAGAAUAAUAAUAGAGAGAAUGAUUUAUUUCAGCUUUUAUUUAUUUCAUCACAUCAGAAGUUUACAUACACUCAAUUAGUAUUUGGUAGCAUUGCCUUUAAAUUCUUUAACUUGGGUCAAAUGUUUUGGGUAGCCUUCCACAAGCUUCCCACAGUAAGUUGAAUUUUGGCCCAUUCCUCCUGACAGAGCUGGGGUAACUGAGUCAGGUUUGUAGGUGUCCUUGCUCGCACACGCUUUUUCAGUUCUGCCCACAAAUGUUCUAUAGAAUUGAGGUCAGGGCUUUGUGAUGGCCACUCCAAUACCUUGACUUUGUUGUCCUUAAGUCAUUUUGCCACAACUUUGGAAGUGUGCUUGGGGUCAUUGUCCAUUUGGAAGACCCAUUUGCGACCAAGCUUUAACUUCCUGACUGAUGUCUUGAGAUGUUGCUUCAAUAUAUCCACAUAAUUUUCCUUCGCAUGAUGCCAUCUAUUUUGUGAAGUGCACCAGUCCCUCCUGCAGCAAAGCACCCCCACAGCAUGAUGCUGCCACACCCGUGCUUCACGGUUGGGAUGGUGUUCUUCGGCUUGCAAGUUACUCCCUUUUUCCUGAAAACAUAACGAUGGUCAUUAUGGCCAAACAGUUCUAUUUUUGUUUAAUCAGACCAGAGGACGAUCUUUGUCCCCAUGUGCAGUUGUAAACCGUAGUCUGGCUUUUUUAUGGCGGUUUUGGAGCAGUGGCUUCUUCUUUGCUGAGCGGCCUUUCAGGCUAUGUCGAUAUAGGACUCGUUUUACUGUGGAUAGAGAUACUUUUGUACCUGUUUCCUCCAGCAUCUUCACAAGGUCCUUUGCUGUUGUUCUGGUAUUGAUUUUUACUUUUCGCACCAAAGUACGUUUAUCUCUAGGAGACAGAAUGCGUCUCCUUCCUGAGCGGUAUGACGGCUGCGUGGUCCCAUGGUGUUUAUACUUGUGUACUAUUGUUUGUACAGAUAAACGUGGUACCUUCAGGCGUUUUGAAAUUGCUCCCAAGGAUGAACCAGACUUGUGGAGGUCUACAAUUAUUUUUCUGAGGUCUUGGCUGAUUUCCUUUGAUUUUCCCAUGAUGUCUAGCAAAGAGGCACUGAGUUUGAAGGUAGGCCUUGAAAUACAUCUACAGGUACACCUCCAGUUGACUGAAAUGAUGUCAAUUAGCCUAUCAGAAGCUUCUAAAACCAUUACAUCAUUUUCUGGAAUUUUCCAAGCUGUUUAAAGGCACUGUCAACUUAGUGUAUGUAAACCUGUGACCCACUGGAAUUGUGAUACAGUGAAUUAUAAAUGAAAUAAUCUGUCUGUAAACAAUUGUUGGAAAAAUUACUUGUGUUAUGCACAAAGUAGAUGUCCUAACCGACUUGCCAAAACUAUAGUUUGUUAAGAAGAUAUUUGUGGAGUGGUUGAAAAACAAGUUUUAAUGACUCCAACCUAAGUGUAUGUAAACUUCCGACUUCAACUGUAUGUAAAUGAGAUAUAUCUGUAUUUCAUUUUCAAUACAUUUCCAAACAUUUCUAAAAACAUGUUUGCACUUUGUCAUUAUGGAGUGAGAAAAUAUGUGUAUUUAAUCCAUUUUGAAUUCAGGCUGUAACACAACAAAAUGUGGAAUAAGUCAAUGGGUAUGAAUCACAAUCAGUGAAAAAACAAAGUAUAGAUUUACACUAAAGUAGCCUACAGUGCAAUGGAUGCUUAACCUCUGUCAUUGCUCUUUUAAGUGACCAGACCUUUGCACUGGAUACCCAGAGGCUGCAGAAAACUUACUUGAAGCUCCAGCGGUCUCUUCACCCUGACAACUUCAGCCAGAAAACUGCGGUAUGGAUGGAGGGCUCAGGGCUUGUCAGUUGACAGCAAUAAGGCUGGGACCACUUGGGUUGUGGUUUUGAGUAGGGAUGGGCAUUUUUAAUGAUUUCACUAUUCGAAUAAUAUCAUACAAUUUUGGGGGUGAUAUCCAGAUAGUCAAAAUACAUGUGUUUUAAACUUUAAAAACUUCAAUGGGGACUUGCUCGCACGACUCAGGUGAAGCGGUGCACUCUCUGCUUGUCAAAUAAUCGGGUUAUCAUUACUAGUUACCACAGCCACAAAGUUAGAAUUGGCUAUAUCGUAAAAAUUAAUGAAAACUAAAAUUAGCUCUUGGGUCUUAAUUUAAGGUUAGGCAUAAGGUUAACAGUGUGGUUAAUAUUAGUGCUAAGGUUAGGUUUAAAAUCACGUUUUAUGCAGAUACAUUUUUGAAAUAGGCUGGGUGUAUAACUUUGUGGAUGUGGUAACUAGUGAAGACCAUCAAAACGAUGUAAAGAAGCUUGCUAGCUACACUGUCCAGCUAAGUUAGCCAGCUAGCUAGUUAGCAAGGCUAAUUGAGGAUAUUUUGCUGUGCUCCCUGUUCUUAUCUACAGCAACUCCAUUCAUAUUAAACAACAGCCUACCUGUUGGUUGAUCAAUUUAGCCUAUUCCUUCUCAUAUAGCCAACUUAAUUCUGUAAUUGUAAUUCCAUUUUGCAUUGAUUAGAAAUCACCCACUUCAGGGCCUCCCGAGUGGCGCAGCGGUCUAAGGCACUGCAUCGCAGUGUUGUGGCUACACUACAGCGGCUAAUUGGCCCAGCGUCGUCCGGGUAAGGGGAGGGUUUACUUGGCUCAUCACGCUCUAGCGACUGCUUGUGGCGGGCCGGGCGCUUGCAAGCUGACUUCGGUCGUCAGUUGAACAGUGUUUCCUCCGACACAUUGGUGCAGCUGGCUUCCGGGUUAAGCGAGCGGGUGUUAAGAAGCGUGGGGUGGAGGGUCAAGUUUCGGAGGACGCAUGACUCGACCUUCGCCUCUCCCGAGCCCGUUGGGGAGUUGCAGCGAUGAGACAAGAUCGUAAUAUCACGAAAUUGGGGAGAUAAAGGGGGUAAAAAAAUUAAAAAUAAUAAUGAAUCUCCCACUUCACUUGCUACACAUGGAGUAGGCCAAUAAUGGAGCCUACCGUUACUAAAGGAGCCUAACGUUACUCCUUAUAGUCCAAGGACCUUACAUGUUCUGUUUAAAGGCAAACUGGCUCUGGAAGCCAAAACAGCCAAAUACUCCAUCUAAAUGUGAAUCGAUUCUCAAUUGCGGUAUGUUUCUUGAAACAUAAAUCCUUUUACUUUCAUAUCACUUCAAAAUAUUUUCACAAAUGUAAAAUACACACUUACUGUACACUGUUUUAACACAGUUGCAGCCAACAGUAUUUUUAUGUGACAACACGUUUGUGGUGUCUGUCUUCCGUUUUCACACAGGUGUUUGGAGAUGCAGAUAGCUAAUUAGCACAGGUAGUCCAUUCUGUCUUCCGUCUGUUUUCCGGAAACAAACGCUGUAACAUGAAAAUAUGGCAGUGUGGGAACACUAACCCUAUAAAGGUGUGUAUCAAUUUAACCUUUUGUUUUUGGAAAAUUAUUUCUUGCUGAUAUGAAAGAUAAGGUCCUUAUGCUUCCAAAACCGUAUCGCAAGCGAUGCGUGUUAAUGUUCAGACCGAGCAUCGGGGCUCUUAACAAAACUCCCCUGUACAGAAGACGCCUUCGUCCAAUGACUUUUAUGUGUAGUGUAAUGUAAUGGAACUGAGAGUCAUGAUCAAGGGCUACACAUGGAGCCCCUGACACUAGUGCAGCUUCGAUUGACCGACAAUAACAAGAACAAGCUACAUGUGUCUUUUUAUGGGACACGCUCAUAAAAACUGUUGUUUUAUAAAACUGUUGAAUGUCAUGGUCUAUCCUUGUAUAUAGCAACGUCACAUACAUCAUUUAAUUACAUUUUAGACUAAGACUUUUUAUUUAAAAUAGCCCUAUAAAUAAAUAUUUUCUCAAAAUGAAUACUCUCGGAAAUAGGCUAAUGGAAUACUAAUGUCCGUUCAGAUAUUAGAAUAAUCGUGCCCAUCCUUAGUUUUGCAAAAUGAUAAGGCUGGGAUAAGAGAAAAGGCUGGGGACUUUCAUGAAGGCUAAUGUUUGGAUAGAGGUUUUGAAAAUUGGUGAUUAGGCCUUGACAAUACUAGAAAUGGACAAUACUAGGAAUGGACAAUACUAGGAAUGGACAAUACUAGGAAUGGACAAUACUGGGAAUGGACAAUACUGGGAAUGGACAAUACUAGGAAUGGACAAUACUGGGAAUGGGUGCUUGCAUUUCACACUUCAAACCAUUUUAGACCCUGUAAUAUCAUGGGAUAAUGAUAUAAUCUAGAUAGGCUGGGAUAAUUAUAUAAUGGAAAUAAUCCCACCAUACUUCAAUGGGACUAGACAGUUAUCACCUAAUUAGCUGACCUUAUACUGUUGCACAAUGGGACUAGACAGUUAUCACCUAAUUAGCUGACCUUAUACUGUUGCACAAUGGGACUAGACAGUUAUCACCUAAUUAGCUGACCUUAUACUGUUGCACAAUGGGACUAGACAGUUAUCACCUAAUUAGCUGACCUUAUACUGUUGCACAAUGGGACUAGACAGUUAUCACCUAAUUAGCUGACCUUAUACUGUUGCGCAAUGGGACUGAAAGCAACAACAUGCUGCCAAGGAUUCCUCCACCACAACCAAAUCAUUACUUUCAAAUUGUAUUAUUAAUCAGCACCCCUGGCUACGUUCCCCUAAUUUGACUCUCAGUCCUCCAGGGGGUAAUGCUCAUUACUUACAAUUACAAGGUUUCCAGGAUGCUCCUGUUGCAUUUGAGGCAUCCAGGUAAAGACAAAGGCCAUACUGCUGACAUGACAGCCCCUCUGGCCACCACUGAAGGCUAUUGAUCCUGCCUGGGUUUGAAGGACCUGACAGUUGCAAACGCUCUCUGCCUGCCAGCCAUCUCCAAAUCUGCGUCCGACAUGGCACCCUAUUCACUUUAUAGUGCACUACUUUUUUUCCUCCAAAAUAUUGGUAUAGGGAAUAGGGUGCCAUUUUGGAUGCACCCUAAGUUGGUAUCCACCGUCUCACUUGUACCUGUCUCCUGAUGGAUCCAGACACAUCCCAACCCGCUUCCAAUUGUAAAGUGUCAAGAUCUGUCGAGAAAUCUAAUUAUCACCCAGGGUUUGGCUUUUUGUGAAAUGAGUCAUAUUUAAAGAUAAAUGGAUAAAUGGAUAUAGAGGGAAAGGGAAGUCUGUUGUACAACUGAAUGCAUUCAACCGAAAUGUGUCUUCUGCAUUUAACCCAACCCCUCUGAAUCGAAGAGGUGGCAAUGUGUGAAAUAACUUGUAAUGUAAUUCCCAUGGUGACAUGGUCUUUCCCAAAUGUGUGACAGUUUGACAGUUUGAGGUAAGAUGUGUUAAAUGUGUUUGAGUUUAUUUUUGUCUGUCUGAUGUCCAAUUUUCCCUUUAUACAGUCACAUCCCAAAUGAUUGGUACCCUUGAUAAAGAUGAGUAAAAAAGACUGGAUCAAAUAAAUAAUACAAAUACUCAGCUAUAUUGUAUGCUACAUUUCUUUUUAACUAUUAUAUUAUUUUAUACUAGUACAAUUUGCUCAGAGAAAGGGAUUUUGUUUAACGAGUAAUAUUUUACGAGGAUAACGACACUGACCCUUUUUCUAAAAUGUUUUCUACGAUUGGAGAACACAUUGGGAAGGAUCUUAGAUCAAAGAGUUGCAGUGUGUUUUGGAAUGGGUGGCCAGUAAUAAACUUGUCCUGAACAUCACUAAAACUAAGAGCAUUGUAUUUGGUACAAAGCAUUCCCUAAGUUCUACACCUCAGCUGAAUCUGGUAAUGAAUGGUGUGGCUGUUGAACAAGUUGAGGAGACCAAAUUACUUGGCGUUACCUUAGAUUGUAUUCUAUCAUGGUCAAAACGUAUAGAUUCAAUGGUUGUAAAGAUGGGGAGUGGUCUGUCCGUAGUAAAGAGAUGCUCUGCUUUUUUGACACCACAUUCCACAAAGCAAGUCCUGCAGGCUCUAGUGUUAUCUCAUCUUGAUUAUUGUCCAGCCAUAUGGUCAAGUGCUGCAAAGAAAUACCUAGUUAAGCUGCAGUUAAGUCUUGCUCUUCUUUGUAAUCAUUGUGCCAGUCUCUCUUGGAUAAAAGUUGAGGAAAGACUGCGUCACUUCUUUUUUCUAUAAGAAACAUUAAUGUGUUGUAAAUUACCAAUUAUUUGCAGUCAACUUACACACAGCACUGACACACACACACACAUAUCCCACCAGAGGUCUUUUCACAGUCCCCAGGUCCAGAACAAAUUCAAAGCAAACCUGGUUUCAAAAAACAAAUAAAGCAACACUUCACAGCACAACGCCUCUCCCCCAUGUGACCUACAGUGGGGGAAAAAAGUAUUUAGUCAGCCACCAAUUGUGCAUGUUCUCCCACUUAAAAAGAUGAGAGAGGCCUGUAAUUUUCAUCAUAGGUACACGUCAACUAUGGCAGACAAAAUGAGAUUUUUUUUCUCCAGAAAAUCACAUUGUAGGAUUUUUAAUGAAUUUAUUUGCAAAUUAUGGUGGAAAAUUAAGUAUUUGGUCAAUAACAAAAAUUUCUCAAUACUUUGUUAUAUACCCUUUGUUGGCAAUGACACAGAUCAAACGUUUUCUGUAAGUCUUCACAAGGUUUUCACACACUGUUGCUGGUAUUUUGGCCCAUUCCUCCAUGCAGAUCUCCUCUAGAGCAGUGAUGUUUUGGGGCUGUCGCUGGGCAACACGGACUUUCAACUCCCUCCAAAGAUUUUCUAUGGGGUUGAGAUCUGGAGACUGGCUAGGCCACUCCAGGACCUUGAAAUGCUUCUUAUGAAGCCACUCCUUCGUUGCCCGGGCGGUGUGUUUGGGAUCAUUGUCAUGCUGAAAGUCCCAGCUACGUUUCAUCUUCAAUGCCCUUGCUGAUGGAAGGAGGUUUUCACUCAAAAUCUCACGAUACAUGGCCCCAUUCAUUCUUUCCUUUACACGGAUCAGUCGUCCUGGUCCCUUUGCAGAAAAACAGCCCCAAAGCAUGAUUUUUCCACCCCCAUGCUUCACAGUAGGUAUGGUGUUCUUUGGAUGCAACUCAGCAUUCUUUGUCCUCCAAACACGACGAGUUGAGUUUUUACCAAAAAGUUAUAUUUUGGUUUCAUCUGACCAUAUGACAUUCUCCCAAUCCUCUUCUGGAUCAUCCAAAUGCAAUCUAGCAACAUGUACUGGCUUAAGCAGGGGGACAUGUCUGGCACUGCAGGAUUUGAGUCCCUGGCGGCGUAGUGUGUUACUGAUGGUAGGCUUUGUUACUUUGGUCCCAGCUCUCUGCAGGUCAUUCACUAGGUCCCCCCGUGUGGUUCUGGGAUUUUUGCUCACCGUUCUUGUGAUCAUUUUGACCCCACGGGGUGAGAUCUUGCGUGGAGCCCCAGAUCGAGGGAGAUUAUCAGUGGUCUUGUAUGUCUUCCAUUUCCUAAUAAUUGCUCCCACAGUUGAUUUCUUCAAACCAAGCUGCUUACCGAUUGCAGAUUCAGUCUUCCCAGCCUGGUGCAGGUCUACAAUUUUGUUUCUGGUGUCCUUUGACAGCUCUUUGGUCUUGGCCAUAGUGGAGUUUGGAGUGUGACUGUUUGAGGUUGUGGACAGGUGUCUUUUAUACUGAUAACAAGUUCAAACAGGUGCCAUUAUUACAGGUAACGAGUGGAGGACAGAGGAGCCUCUUAAAGAAGAAGUUACAGGUCUGUGAGAGCCAGAAAUCUUGCUUGUUUGUAGGUGACCAAAUACUUAUUUUCCACCAUAAUUUGCAAAUAAAUUCAUUAAAAAUCCUACAAUGUGAUUUUCUGGAGAGAAAAAAAUCUCAAUUUGUCUGUCAUAGUUGACGUGUACCUAUGAUGAAAAUUACAGGCCUCUCUCAUCAUUUUAAGUGGGAGAACUUGCACAAUUGGUGGCUGACUAAAUACUUUUUUUCCCCACUGUACUUGUUGUGUGUAUGUACUGACAUGCAUGUGUAACACACUACAUGUUAAUGUUUUUGAAAGUAUGUAAAAUUGUAAAGUCUUUAGUCUAUAAUGUCAUUUUCUUUAUGUGGACCCCAGUAAGACUAGCUGUUGCCAUUGGCUCAUAAUAAAUCUAAAUAAAAUCUUAGGCCAUUCCUCCAUACAGAAUCUUUCCAGAUCCUUGAUAUCCUUCGUCUGCGCUUAUGGACUGCUCUCUUCAAGUAAAACCAAAUGUUUUCAAUGUGGUUCAAGUCCAGAAACUCAGAUGGCCAUUGCAAAAUGUAGAUUUUAUGGUCAAUUAACCAUUUCUUUGUGGAUUUUGAUGUGUGCUUGGGGUUAUUGUCUUGCUGGAAGAUCCACUUGCGGGCAAGUUUCAGCCUCCUGGCAGAGACAACCAGGCUUUUGGCUAAAAUGUCCUGGUACUGGGUAAAGUUCCUGAUUCCAUUGACCUUAACAAUAUAACUCAGUAUUUUUAUUAUUUAUUUCAUACAGUCUUUUUUGUUCAUCUUUGUCAAGGGUGCCAAUUAAUUUUGGAGGUGACUGUAAGUUACCAUUAUGUGAUGUCAGUCUGGGCAUGUAGACUAACUACAGUACAGUGAUCAAUGUACUAGUUUACCGAAUCUUUACUUGUAAGUUAAAGUGGUCUAAUUUCUUUUGUCAGAAAGAACAAGAGUACUCUGAAUACCAGUCAGCCCUAGUGAACAAAGCUUACAGGACCCUGCUCAAGCCUUUGAGUCGUGGCCUUUACAUGGUGAGUUUGAUGUCCUUUUAAAAGGUAUUUUAUUAUUUAACUGUGGUGCUUUUAUAUAGACACACUUUGAAUGAAUGUACCACAGUUUUUCUUAACAGUCCCUUUUUUCAAACCAAUUCAAUCAAUCAAAUAGUAUUAACGUAGCAUAACUCUUUUAACAACAGACAUUUGUCACAGUGUUUGAGAGUAACCUAGCCCAGAGCCCCUAGGAGCCAUCGGCAGCACAAAGCCGACUGUACUUGUUUGUUUUUCUAGCAUCCCAGACAGUCAGUGAAACAGUAUGUUGUUUCCUUCAAUGUCAGAAAAUGGAUAGUUUGAGUCAGUCUUUUUAUAUGACCUCCUGCUAUAUGUGACAACCUGGUGGAAUGUUGUGUUCCCUUCAAUGUAAAAAAAACCAUUUUUUUAAGUGACUUCCUGCUUCUGUUUCAGCUGGAGCUGAAUGGCAUGGGGAUAGAGGAGGGGACUGAUGCGGGGGCUGAUCCCCUGUUCCUUAUGGAGUUGAUGGAGAUCAACCAAGCACUGGAAGAGGCACAGAGCAAAGAAGAGUCUGAUAAGAUAGGCGCCUCUAUGAAAGGUGUGGGUUGAAAAAGUCAUUUUACUCAGCCUACUUUUUUUGUUUUUGAGUGCGUUGAUUUGAAUCGGCAGGAUGUGAGUUUAACGAAAUGGAUCAGUGUUAUUUUUAUUUUUUGUAAUGAUUUUGAUAUGCUCACGGAUGUGAUUUUUUUUUGAGGGAAAUUGUACCAUAUGGCACCUAAAUGCAAAAUGUGUUCAAGCUUUUUUCCUCCUUUUACUUGCAGAGAAAUUGAAAGACUUGACUGAACAAAUAGAUGCAUCCUUGCACAAAGGUAUGUUGCACCAUCUCAGAUACCAAAGUGUUAUGUUACUCUCCCUCCUCCGUCUUCAGUCUUCUGAGAUGCUUUCUGUUGCACUAGUGAGUCACAUGGUUCAACUUUUGCUCUAUGUCUAUUUCUUUUCAACAGGAGAGCUUCAAGCUGCCAAAGCACUUCUCGCCCAAAUGAAAUACUUUGCGAACAUUGAAGAGAAGGUGAAGGAAAAACUUUCAGAGCUAAUGUAAACUGUGUUGACUUCCUUUUGAUGCUUCCAGGGUCAUUUUAAGGUUGUUGAGACUUUCAAAAAUACAAUACCACAUUUUAAUAGAACAUUUUAAAGAUGUAUUCGCAUGCAAGUUUCAGGUAUACAAAUAAAUGUGAAAUAUUUACUGAAUACACA